AUGGAGGGCCGCGUGGAGGAGCUGGAGCGGAGGCUGCGGGACACGCUGGGCCCCUUCGGCUUUGAGGUUCAUCCCUUCCAGGUGGGCUGGUACAAUGCACUGCUGCCCCCGACCUUCCAGCUGGCCCUGCCCGCCCCCACCUUGGCCUUUCUGGUGCUCAGCACGCCCGCCAUGUUCGACCGGGCCCUCAAGCCCUUCCUGCGGAGCCGCCGCCUCCAGCCGCUGACUGACCCUGUGGACCAGUGCGUGGCCCACCACCUGGCCAGAGUCAAGGAGAGCCUCCCCGAGCAGCGGGUGGAGGUCAUCGCCGAUUAUGAGAUGCACCCCAACCGGCGCCCCAAGAUCCUGGCCCAGACGGCCGCUCACGUGUCCGGGGCCGCUUACUACUACCAGCGGCAGGACGUGGAGGCCGACCCUUGGGGGGCCCAGAAGAUCUGCGGAGUGUGCAUGCACCCCCGCUACGGCGGCUGGUUCGCCAUCCGGGGCGUGGUGCUCCUGCCGGGCGUGGACGUGCCCGGCCUGGCCCGGGUGCUGCCCCCGGACUGCGUGCCCGGCCGGGAGGCCCGCGUCGCCCUGCUCGAGGGCUUCAACUUCCGCUGGCGGGACUGGAGCUACCGGGACGCCGUGCCCGCCAAGGAGCGGUACUCGGACGAGCAGAAGGCCUACUUCUCCACGCCGCCAGCCCAGCGGCUGCGCCUGUUGGGACUGGCCCCGGACGGACCCCCGGAGUCGCCGGACCCCCGACUCGCCACGUAGCAUCCUGCGAACUACCUCCCGGCUGCUACACUGUGCCCUCUGGUCCCUUCCUUGCUGAACUCCAGGCUUCCCUGGGCACCUGCUGCUCCUCCCC